AUGGAAAACAAAAUGUCGGCUGAGCCCCGUGUUGUGAGUAGCACAAACGUUUCACCCGACGAAGAGGAGGAGGAGGAACUUGGUCUGCCGUUGGUGCCGCUUCCUCAUCAGCGUAGCCCCUUGGGGACAUCAUCAAAGUGUGUACAAGGCAAUCAUGGUGGUGAUGUCGCUGCUGGUGGGAGUGAUGAUGAUGAGGAUGACCUUAUUAAAUAUGUUUCCAAUAGUUCUUCAAAACCACUGACGUCGCGAGUAAAUAUGGUUUACUCCUCCGCUUCCCAGAAGCGGCCUCGCAAUGACAGCGAGUUGGAGCCAGGGGCAAUGGCUGCUGACAUGGCAACGGAACACGCAACGCUACCAGAUGACACUGAUCACCCUCAGGACAUGGCGGAAUAUGAGCGAUGGAAGGACCGUGAUGCCGCUAGGGCGAAAGACGAACUUAUGUCCCUUUUGUCAGGGAGUGCAUAG